AUUGGACGUAAAUACAUGAGGAAAAAAAAAUCAGAUAUACAAGUUUACUUUUUUUCUCGCGCAUUUGAAUUUUCCGUUAUUUAUAUACAAAUACAAAAAUGCUUUUGAGGUGAUGUAGAACUCGUUAAUAACAAACAUACAUCUUUUUUGUUGAUAAGAGAAGUAUACGUGGCAGGACUGGUGGGUUGUCAAGUUAUCUAUAUACGUACACAACAUCCAAUAGCGCGUCUUGCCGCUAUUUAAUUUGCGCGAGCUCGACGAUGACCGGCGUGAUUUCUGACAGCUGACAGCGGAAUAACGUCCCGAUAAUGCCAGGCGACGCGCUGCCCUGACCCUCGCUAGCUGUAGGCCGAACUUCGAGCAGAGAUGCAAGAGAUUUGCGAGAAUAUUCGCACGGCGAUCGAACACGGACGAACCGAUAUUGUCAGAUCACUCUUGGACGCGUGUGAGAAUGGUAAUGCGACAGAAGGGAUUACGAGAGAUAAAAUAUUAAAUCACCCGUUCUUGGAAGGAGGAACUUUCUUAUCAUACGCCUCAAAGACCAAUCGAGCAGAUAUUGUACGAACUCUCUUAAAUUGCGGAGCUGAUCCAGCUGUACAAAAUGCAAACGGACACAAUGCAGUAGAUGUUGCCUCUAGUGAUGCAAUACGACGUAUUUAUAUAGAGGAAUUGUUGAGGGCAACAGCCGCUUCCGAGAUAGAUAGAGUGGUGCAAUUGCUGGAUGCUGGAUUAGAUGUCAAUUCAUGGGACUCGCAAGGUAGUAAGAACACGCCAUUACAUUGGGCAGCAUGUUAUGGAAACAAAGAAAUUAUUGCGUGUUUACUCGAUAAAGGAGGCGAGGUAAAUGCUGUAAAUGGAUGCGGCGCGACGCCGUUGCACGAUGCCGUAAAUCGUGGUGAUGUCGCUAUCUGUCAGGAACUGUUGCAGGCUGGUGCAAAUCCUCACAUACGAGCUACUAAAGGAACGUUUGCGGGAAAAACGCCGUACGAUCUUUCUAGAAAGAAGCAAUCUUUGCAUUGUUUCUUUCAGAGAUUUAUAUCAAAUUUCUUAUUGAAUGAAAACGAAACGAUGCACAGUCCCCCGAUGCCAUUUACGGAGACAAACUUUUGUCAAAAGAGUCUCUCGAGCAAUAUGAGUCAACUAUCAGUCGAAUCUAACAAAUCAUUGGAUCCGGUGUACGAUGUGCCUUUGCGUGAUACUGGCACAGAGAGUCCUAGCAAAUCUAUUCCUGAUAAAGGAAGCGUAUAUAAUUUGCUGUGGCCACAGCCAAAGGCUGUGAUCGAACUGAAAAACUAUACGGCUCCAUUUAUUGCUGGAAAGGAGCUUUUUAUAUCCAUAAUACAAGGCAGUGAAUCUGUACAUAAAAUAUUGGAUGUUUGGGAGAUCAGUAGAACGCAUUUGCUCGAACUGGGUCACGAUGUAAAGAUUGGCGAGGUGCAACCUAGUUGCGGCAAACUGCUUAACGAAAAUACGAUAGAAUGCAUUGUGAAUAAGAAUCUAUUUAACAUUACGGACGGUUAUCAGCUGCAUAUUACGCAAAAUUGCAUCAAAGUGAGCGCCGGAAGUUUGGCGGGGCUGCAUUACGCGGUCUGUACAUUUGUGCAGAUUCUACGUUUGAAUAAGAAUCGGAAUAGAUCGGAUCUGUGCGAAAUAGACCCAGUAUUUAUAAAAGACGAGCCAAGAUUCACACAUCGUGGUAUACUGUUGGAUAUCUCGCCCAGAGGACGUAUACCGACACUAGAAUAUCUUCUGCACACUAUUGAUCUACUUUCGUCAUUCAAAAUCUCGCAUUUACAUCUCUAUUCCAGACUUAUACCGAAUUGUGACUGGCAACUCUGCUAUUCCAAGUCUGAGAUGGUAACUCUAGAUAGAUAUUGCAGGGAUCGACAUUUAGAUAUAGUGCCCACAUUGGAUGUCGAUUCUAAUGUCGGUCAGCAUCACCUGACACAAAUGUGGCCUAUCUUCCAAGAAUUACUUGCGGUAUUUCCCAGCUUGAGUUACGUUCAUGUCGGACCGCGACUGGCCAGUUUAUUAGUGCAAGCUGACAAUUUUGACUUGAACGUGUCUAUUAACGAUACGAUCGAAACGGACAUGUCGGAAGUGUUUAAAUCCUAUUCGUGCCUUCAAGAACUCUGGCAUAUUCUCAAUUUAAGCGCGAAUACGACUCUAUUAUUAUGCUCCAAUGGCUUACAUUCUAAACCCGAGUUUCACAAUGUUCCCACGAAUAUUAUACUCGUUGAAUACGGAUUUCAGGCUGACUAUGAUUUCUCCGAGUGGACAGAAGCAUUCAGAGUGGCAGGUGGUAACGUUUUACCAAGCUCUGGCACAGCUAGUUACAAUAGCUUAGCAGGAUGUCCGGCAUCAACGUAUGCUAACACGAGGAAUGCGAUAAAGACCUCUUUAGAGCAGAACUCGAUUGGUAUCGUUGUCGCACAUUGGUCGGGUAGUCAUCACCUUACACCACAUCCUUUUGCAUGGAUCGGAUAUUUAGUGGCGGCUGGUUUAGCUUGGAACCCAAUGACGGAAAUAGACUUGGGUCCUGAUGACAAUUACGAUAUACCUGAAUUAUCUGCAUCAAUUAGGGAAAAAUGUAUCACGAAAUUAUUAGACGUACACGUAUUUCAAGAUUCGGAGUUUAAAAUCGGUAGCGCGAUAUUGGAAUUAGGACGUUUAGAUACAUUAGUAUUAACAUUAAGCAAAAAUCAGGCAGUCAAAGAUCUGCAACAAAUACCGGAUAAUCGCGGUUCCACAUUGUAUAGAUUAUUAACCGAUCCAGAUAAUGUGAAUCUAGAGUAUCUAUCAGCUGAUCUAUUCGCUAAGAUGACAAAGCAGAUUAAACGAAUAUCCCAUUCCUUGUAUGAGGCAAACUUGACCUCCAAGUUCGCAUCAAUGGAGAUACAAGAAUUACAAUUGACCUCCGAUCUUAUGCUAACGGCCUGCAAAAUUGGCAGAACGUUGAUCGGAGUCGGUGUAAAUCCGAAUAGUAAUAUGGGGCUCGCAGUCAUCAAUCUAGGAGUAUGUAACUUACCGCCUACUUUCCGAACCGAUAUAGCGAACAAGAUGUUGGCUCACAUAGAGCAAUAUAAAGGCUCUUGGCUGCAAAGGCAUUUGCCGCAGGGCCUUCAAAGCUCUUUGCUAGUUUUAACUAGUGCACUGCAUAGAUUCGUGCCAGAAACCGAUUUGGAAAAUUACUAUUGUGCAAAAUGAUACGCUAAGUAACAUAUAUGUAGAAUUCUAAGGUGAUACAUAUAUUGAGAGCAAUAUGUACUUGAA